AUGGUCCGAUUCAAUCGUCGUAUUUUGAUUAUCGGUUGUGGAGGUGUCUCUCAGUGCAGCCUCCAAUUACUAUUAAAAUUGGUUGACGUAUUGCCACAGUCAGUAACCGUCAUCGAUCUCUCGGAUCAAUCAUCAAAAAUUCACGAUGCAAUAAUCCAAGGCGUUCAAUUUCGUCAGCAUGAAAUAACAAGAGAAAAUUAUGCAGAUAUACUAAAACUUUAUUUAUCAAAUGGUGACAUAUUGAUUGAUUUGGCUUGUAAUAUAAAAACAGUAGCUCUAGUUGACUGGUGUUAUUAUCAUGGCGUACGCUUCGUCAAUACGACGGUAGAAAUAUGGGAACCAUUUGAAAAGGUAUCCGAUCCGAAAAAAUUAACGCUGUAUCACCGACAAAUCGAACUGACACAAUUGCAAGAGACGUGGAAGAAUAAGAAGGGACCGACAGCCAUUGUUGAUCAUGGUGCCAAUCCCGGACUGGUGUCUCAUUUUGUGAAACAAGGUCUAAUUGAUAUUGCCCAACGUCUCCUGGCCGAUUGGGAUGAUGAUGAUAGUUUGGAACGAAAAAAUCUACUACAGACGCUUUUGAAUAAUCGGGAUUAUGCGAAUUUAGCUUAUCAUUUAGGAGUGAAGACUAUUCAUAUAGCGGAAAGGGACAGUCAGAUUACCGAUCAAUCGAAAGAAAUUGAUGAAUUUGUUAACACAUGGAGUAUUACUGGUGGUCUAUUCACCUUUUACGCAACAGAAUGA